AUGGAGGCUUGUGUUUGUAUCUCCAGCCUGCAUGCACCCCAACCCCCACAGCUACAAAUCUCAAACUUCGUUUCCCAACCAGGAAAACACCACCGGAGGUUGAGCCUCCGGCAAGGUUUCCGGGGGCAGAAGGGGCGUGUGGAGAGUGGUGGAGGAGAUUGGAAGAUGAGGCCAGCGAGCAAACGAAAGGAGGAGAUGAGUGAAGACAAAUGGGAUAGGGCUGUGGAGGAAAGCAAAGAAGAUGAUGAUGUAAAUGAAGAAGUGGAGUUAAUGGAGAUGGAAGCGAUCAUGGGGGAAGAUGAUGGAAAAGAACCAAUGGAUUAUAAAAGAAGAGCAGGAAUUUUCCACAAGAGUUCACAAAUGUUUCAGGCAAUCAGGGAUAAACAACAUCAACAUCAUUGUGCCUAA